CUCGCAAAACCGGUGCUUCUGCACAUACUGCGUCUCCUGAAGGACAGGUCUCUGAUGUGAGGGACACCUCACUACAGCCGACUACUGCGCCAGAAUCGAUCGCCUCAGCAACGAACACACGGUCGCUUGCCAUUCUCCCCUCCCGAAAUAAUGAGUCGAUCUCAGUCGGAACUUCAGCCACGGCUUCCACUGACGACCACACCAUCCAAUACCACCGGUCACGUCACAGACCGCUGGACAGAACCAACAUUGAUUGGUGUAAAGCCUAUUCCGUCCCCGAAUUCUGCUGCAAGUGAGCCUCCUUCAAGUCAGAAACCGCAGGGUAUGGUGGGCAGGCGGGCACUGCCAGGUCUAGCGGCUGCACCAGAAACUGCUGAGAAAGUGAAGGAGAAACCUCCUCCCGGAGAGGAGCGCACGGUCUCGCCAUCACCAGCGAAGCAUGGUCGCAUUCCUAGCACAGGAAAUCGUGCCACCGUCAUGGAUGUUGCACAAGCCCUGAGCGAGGCGCAGCCGGGGAACGAUUGCACGCUAAGCCCACCUUCUCCCAGGAUCCCGUCCCUGGGUCCUCAGGCUGAGAAGAGGAAGCCGAGCGCGGAGAAAUACUCCUGUUUUAUGAUGCCGCCGCUGAAGGAGGAGAGAACGCCUGUGUCAUCUCCGGCAGUGACCUUGGCAAAAUCAUCUGGAGAGGCAUUGCUGGAUUCUAAACUUCAUCUGACUGUUGUGCACAUCGAACACGCGAACGAACCGCUGCCAAAGGUCGAUGUGGAUGCUCUAUUGAAAUUUGUUCCUCCAACGUUUAGUGCCGACCCAAAUGUUCAUACCAUCUCUGUUGACAUUUUGUCCAUUAAUAACGGGACUGCGAUCCCCAUCCUCCGCGAUACCCAUAUUUUCCACGAUACCGAGGCCUUAGCAAUUGUGCACCGUGUCAAGUCCCGUGACAAUGGGCUUGUUUCCACGAAGGUUUGGUGCUGGCAUGGGAAACAAUGCCGAUUUGGUGAAAGAGAGGAGAAGAAGGCAGAUGAGCUGGCGAGACGGUAUGGAUCAGCUCUGGAAACGGUGUUCCAACGGCGAGAGCCUCCAGAACUUGUUCAUGUUUUGGGAGGAAAGCUUGUGAUCCGGCAGGUCGGGCACUCGGGCACAUUGGUCCUCUGAAAAUACAACAAUGCACGUCGUGCGCUCCAGUGGGGAACAUAUCUUUAUCGAUGAGGUCGAUUUGAACAUCCGAAACCUGUGCUCGGGUUAUAGUUAUUGCGUCUCUAUUCUUGACCAGAUCUAUGUUUGGCAUGGUUGUGGGGCAACUCCGAAGGAACGUAACGCUGCACGAGAUUACGCACAGGCCACCGCUGUGAAAGGGGUUUCUAGUCACGGAACUUCGAGAAGGU